AUGAUUUUUAUACCACAUGGCUCUAACAGGUUCUCUUUCCCGUAAACCAUACUGUACGUGGCAUUGGCUCCAACCCGGAGGAGAGGAUUGCUUGUGGUUGCUGCAUCAAUGGCACACACAACUAUGACAAGAGUUGUUUCAUUGAUUGAAAAACAUUUUGAGGACUGCAUUUUUCUCACGGAGAGCGGACAAAUCACAGCCAUUGUGUGCAUGCAGGAGAAGCUGCAGUGAUCAACAACAAAUCGAAUGUAUAAAUUGGAGGGACUAGCUGUUGAUUCACAGCUGAAGGCGCACCAGAAUCUUCUUUUCCAGCUUUGACAAUUAAAAUGUGUAGGCUACUAUAAUGAUUUUAUUACACACUUGAAGGCUAUCAUGGAUUAUAUGGUUUACUUAAAAACAAUACUGCUAAGACUUCAUUGGAUAAUAUUCAUUGUAUGGUGAGUGGAGGAUAUAGAAUUUUCUCCUGGGACGUUUUGUCAUCACCAAGCCGCUAAACUGGCUAUGGCCGCGGCGAUCGCCAGCUCCCUCAUUCGGCAGAAGAGGCAGGCGAGGGAGCGGGAGAAGGCGAAUGCCUGCCGCUGCGCAAGCAGUCCGGAUAAUUGCAAAGCAGGGGACAGGGGACCCUGUGAGAAACCGAGCAAGCUGAACGUGUUCUCACGUGUCAAACUCUUUGGCUCUAAGAAACGGAAGAGAAUAAGGCGACCAGAGCCCCAGCUCAAGGGGAUAGUGACGAGGCUGUACAGCCGCACAGGAUUCUACCUUCAAAUGCAAGCUGAUGGAACCAUCGACGGAACCGAGGAUGAGGACAACAGCUAUGCUGUGUUCAACCUCAUUCCUGUUGGGCUGCGAGUUGUGGCCAUCCAGGGGGUUCAGACCAAACUCUACCUGGCCAUGAACAACGACGGCUUCCUGUAUACCUCUGAACACUUCACCCCAGAGUGUAAGUUCAAGGAGUCAGUGUUUGAGAACUACUACGUGACCUACUCCUCCAUGAUCUACAGACAGCAGCAGUCGGGCAGGGCCUGGUACCUUGGCCUCAAUAAAGAGGGGGUCAUCAUGAAGGGCAACCACGUGAAGAAGAAUAAACCAGCGGCCCACUUCAUCCCUAAACCACUAAAAGUUGCCAUGUACAGAGAACCGUCUCUCCAUGAUCUGACAGAGUUCUCCCGCUCUGGCAGCGGUACUCCCACCAAGAGCCGCAGUGCAUCGGCCCUGCUGAACGGAGGAGGGAAGCCGCUGAGCCAGAACGAGCAGUCCACAUAGCUGUGGGGAUCAGCCUCGGGCAGAGGGCGGCUCUCACAGUCUUACAGUAAGCAGACUCAACUGAUCCUCAUCAAACUGAACAGGUGGAGAGGAAGGACAUUUACUUAGCUUAGUGUGUACUGAAACCACUGUGACAGACUAUGACAUCAUCAAUUAAAUAAAUCCAUGAGCUUCUGCGGGUCAACUUUGCUAUGAACUUCGAUACAAAAAGCCUAAACCAUUUUGCUGGUCUGGAGUUUAUAUUCUUUCUUGGAUUAUUCUUGAGCAUAUGUAGUGUAUUACACAUGUAUAUCUCUCCAAGGGUCUUGAGAGGGAGUGUUACUGGCCAGUAAUUAUGUGGUCUGUGAUCUGUUGCUUCCAUGCCUCCUAAAAAAGCAAUUUCUUUGUGUUUGAGUCCAAGAAAAGUGUACAUAUCUGCAAGCCUUCUGCCUCGGUCUGACUAUCUGCCAUAUACAUUGCUUGCAAGUGAUACCAAUUGCGUUCAUUUGUUCCUGUGUACCAAAGACUCAAACGUGUUUCUCUGGUUUUGCUCAAGACAAAGAAGUCUGAAAAACUGUGUACUAAUCGUACUACAUACUAUUUAGAACAUACUGUUUUUAAAAAUGUAUAUAGUAAGCAACACAUAUCAACAUACUAGGCUCACCCAUACUGAGAAUGCAUCAUCUAAUGCACAGUUGCGUUGUUUUCCACCAUUCAUUAAUUUUUGUACAAUUCUUCCCCUUAUCUGAUUAUCAGCUGUUGCCAAACACAGCUGAAAGAUUCUCUUUCUCAAUAGCAUGCAGCGAAUUCGUACUAGAUGAAAAGUUGAAAUGAUUAUGACAUCGUGGCAUUUAAAGCAUAUAACAUUUUCGAAAUGUCACAUACUAAUAAAACUUUCUUUAGAACGCAAGUAGACUAUGAGUAGGCUACGGGUAAUCGGACACGACCAAUGUGUGGUUUAUAGCGACUUGUUUUGACAGACCCUCUCUGUUUCUCUAUAGUGUUUAAAGAGUCCGUUUCCAUCUUCAUUUAUUACAUCCGAAGCCUAAUUAGAGACCUCUGUUUGUGAGAUCUUGUUGUUUAAAUACUUACAUCAACCCUUUUACAGUCAUUAGUAGGCUCCUUUUACAUUCUAGAUGACAUAACAAACCAUAAAUGUACUUUCAUAUUGUAUUUAGAUCUGUUUAGUCAUUUGUUUGCGUGUAUGUGUAUUAAGUGCUUGCUUGCGUGUAUGUGCGUGUGUGCGUGCGUGCGUGUAUGUGGAAGGAUAAUAACAUAAUCCUUGAUUUUGUAAUGUACAAUCAAGUGGGGAUUAUUAGUGAAAUUGAGGGCUCUUCCAGAUAAAAUGAUUGUAUGUAUUCUCCUGCAUAGUUUUUUCCUUCCCUGAGGCCAAAUACACUGAACAAAAAUAUAAACACAACCUGCAACAAUUUCUAAGAUUUUACUGAGUUACAGUUCAUAUAAGG